UCUUUUAUUUUAUAAUCUAGUGAAAUAUAACUCAUUACUAGUCUAUAAUACUAAUUAUUACAUUAAUAGAAGUGAAUAAUUUUUAACACAUGACUUCAAAUACAAAACUGUAUGAACAUCUCGUCAUAUUUUAUUUUAAAUAAUCUAUAUUUAAGUAGCAUUAGUUUUGUCAAUAUAGUUAGGUUUUUCUUAUUAUGUAAUAUCUACAUUAACAGGCCGAAAGAACUUUUAGGUGGAGCAGUUUACCAAUCUUAAGUAUAAAUACAGUGCUCUUAUAUGUUUAUUAAAGAGGGAAGAUCAACUUACAACGUUUACUUCUAGAUAACAUUUUAUGUAUUUUAGGUACUUAAUUAGCAAAUAUGAAGAAAUGGAGAAGUCUACCUAUAUUAAAACUCUCAUUUACCACAUGUGCAAUGAGUAUUCAUCAAUUUAUCAUCGGAGGAGUAUUAAUAUUCUCUGGUAUACUUUUUGAAAAACUUAGAGACCCAUCGUCAACAUUAACACUUACUACGGAGCAAACAUCAUGGAUUGCUAGUUUGCCUAACUUGAUGUGUCCAGUUGGCUCGUUAAUAACGGGAAUUCUAGCAGAUAAAAUUGGCAGAAGAAAGGCUUUACAAACUUCUUUCAUACCAAUGAUUGCUAGUUGGGCCAUUCUAGGAUUUUAUGAUAGCUACAAUUCCAUUAUAAUAGCUCGGAUGUUAGUUGGAUACACAGAAGGUACAGGUGGUUAUGUCAUUUUAUAUAUAGCUGAAACGAGUCCAAUUUUAUACAGACCUUUAUAUUUUGGUGUAGUGAUAAUGCUUGUUGGCUUUGGCAUGCUUACCUUAUCAAUAUUGGCCAUAUUUUUCACUUGGAAUGAUUUAUCAAAAAUUUUUUGUGUGAUAACAAUUGGAGGCGCGCUUUUGCUAUUUCUUGUCCCCGAGACGCCUUUGUGGUUAAGAUCUCGGGGUCGGUAUUCGGAAGCCAAACGUGUAGAAGAAUGGUUCGGUGGUGACCCAAAACUGAUGCCUAAUUCUGUUGAAGUCACUGAAACAUUAUGCUCGCAGAAGCCUCUGGAAUUAAAGUGGUCUAUUUAUACAAGUCGACCAGUGUGGAUGCCAGCGCUAAUUUCAUUAAUAUUUUUCGUAUGUCAACAAGGCACAGGAUUUUUCGUAUUACUGUUUUAUUCGAUAGACGUCGUUAAGGAUUGUCAUGUGUCUGUCGAUCCAUUGUCUUUCGCUGCUUAUUUGUCAAUCACUAGGAUAAUAGGGAGCAUUGUUUAUACAUUGCAAUAUGAGACGAAACGUCGAACGUUAGUUGUAAUAUCUAGUCUAGGAAUGUUUGUAGGUCUACUAUCAAUAAUAAGUUACAUGUACAUCUUUGAGGAUGUUGUUCGGCCUCCUUUCGAAUUUAUACCUGUUGCAGGCUUCCUUGUAUAUGUAUUUUUUGGAUUGUUAGGAAUGCUGUCAUUGCCCUUUAGUAUUUGUGGAGAAUUGUUUCCUAUGUCUGUAAAAGGUACUAUGACUGGUGUUAUGCAUUCUCUUGGAUAUGAAUUGGUAUUUUUAGCAACAAAAGUUUAUCCAUUUCUUGUUUUGACUUUGGGAAUAAAAUUAGUAUGGACUAUUUUUGCUGGAUUUUGUUUGCUAAGUGCUUUGUAUGGUGCAUUUAUUCUUCCUGAAACAAAAGGCAAAUCUCUUGAUGAAAUUCUUAAGAAGUUUAAAUCAAAAAAUAAAAAUGAGAAUUUUCUGUAGUCAUAGCCGUUAAAACUUAAUAGAUAUAUCAUGAUAAAAUUACUGUUACAUUUUUAAGUUCCUAGUGUAAAUUACACUAUUUUAUGGUAUCACGAUUAAAAAAUAAACGUAUUAUUAUUGUACUAAUAUAGAUGUAAGGUUAGAAAUAAGAUAUGAUUUAUAAACUGUACUUAAGUUAUAUAUUUAUUUUAUUAAAUGAAUGAUGUAAAUUACAUCUUAAUAUAAACACGAAAUAUGUUUAAUCACUAUUA